AUGGUUCAUAAAAACCCCGGUGAAGGGCUUACCAAGACCAAAUACUCCGAUCCUCGCGUUGUUCGUGAACUUGGCUUCAAUGUGAUGGUCAAAAACGAUGGCCGACCACCUCAUACAGCCAUCACGUGGGAUUCCUUCGACCCAGACGUUUUCCCCGAAGGAAGCGAAGGCAGGGCCUGGGUCGAGCUUCGAGCUGCCGAAAUCGACCGUGAGAUCGAAGCCAUGCACGCAGCGGGGAUGAAAGCCAUGUACUGGUCCGACGUUUUCGUCUUGCCAAGAACUCUUGCCGAUAAGUACUGGCCAGCCAUUACUGAUCAAAAGGGUUAUUGGUCUUUCGAUUCUGAUCUGAUGAUAAACCUGACCAAGUACAUGCUUGAUGCAGUUUUUGUGCGCUUCCCCGAUCUGGAUGGCCUUGUAAUCCGAACCGGCGAAAUAUACACCCACGAUGUUCCUUUCCACCAAGGCAGCAGCCCCAUCACAGAUGGUCCGGACAGCCAUAUCCAUUUGCUAAAGAUUUUGGAUGAAAUUGUGGUACGGAAGCACAAUAAGCUGGUCUUCUACCGGACAUGGAGCUUUGAUGGCUUUCAUACAGACCCCAGCUACUAUCUCACAGUGGCCGACGCAAUCGAGCCGCAUCCUAAUUUGGUCAUGGUCAUCAAGCAUACUAAAGGUGACUACUGGCGAACAUUGCCGUUCAACCCGACCUUGGGAAUUGGUCAGCACCCGUUUCUGGUAGAGAUUCAGUGCCAGCGCGAGUACGAAGGCAAAGGUGCGGUUCCGAACUACGUAAUGAAAGGUGUAAUCAAUGGUUUUGACGAGAAUAUGGAAGAUGCUGGUGCCAAAAGCCUGACGGAUCUGCUUGACCACGAUCUAUUCCAAGGAAUUUUCGCUUGGCCUCGAGGCGGUGGCUGGCGUGGUCCUUAUCCUGCUAACGAGUUCUGGAUCGAUAUGAAUGUCGAGGUCAUUGCCAAUUGGGCCACCGAUACAUCAAGAACUGAAGAAGAGCUUUUCCAUUCGUGGGUCCGCCACACGCUGGAACUGGACGAGGAAUCAGCACGUGCUCUGCGCGAAAUUGCUCUGCUUUCGACGAGGGGCACUCUACUUGGCCACUACUCACUUGUCCAUCAGGUCGGCAACCUGCCUUGGACUCGAGACUACUAUAUCGGAGGCGCAGAUUCCGCGCUCAAGGGAGACUUUGAGGCCAUCUUGUCGGAUGGAACUGUGGAGGAUGUGCUCGGCGAGAAGGCCCUCGCUGUCUACAUCUGGGAGAUGUUGCCAGGGCCAGCUCGGCAAAUUCGGACUCACGACAAAGACCUGCGGGACUUCAUUGACCUUAGCAUCGAGUAUGGCAUCCUGCUAUACACGAUCAUCUGGCGGUCAUGGAUUGCGCAACUAAAAGGCAUGGAGGGCGAUCAGACUGGACAAUACGAUGUUGAGUUGAUCAGUGAGGGUAUCAAUGGCUAUGAUUUGGCAAUGCAGAAAUACAACGACCUUUCUGGAUCACGCAACGCGACCGAGCAAGUCUCGUCGCUGUACGUCCCUUUUCAGUAUCGAUUCACCGCCCCGGAUCCUAUCAAAGGCGUGAAUAACUCUAUCAACAUGUGGCGGUGGAUUCUCGACGAAGCAGAGACGCAGUCAACGAUGCGAGACGACUUGAAGCGAUGA